GUGGGAAAUAAACGCCGUGGUGCUGAACUGGGGAUUACAUUAAAAACGGCAACAGGGACGGCACCAACUACUACACUGUCCCACCCCCGGAGCUUGCGGUCGCGACAGCUUUCGGCCGGUGUCAGAUAAGGCAGAAGAAGUGACGAGGUGGAAAUAUUGUCGGACAGUGAAGCAGCCAGAGCCGCAGACAGCACGGAGUUGUCGCGAUGUUGUAGCUAAACCAUGGACAGCAGAAUAAAGGAGAAUCCAGAAAGAACAUUUGAUCUGGUUGUACAGGUGGCAUGUCCAACAUCUGAAAAUGAGGAUCCAACCGUGCUGUGGAGCUUCCCCCAGGACCACACCGACCAGGAGGUCCUUCAGACGAUACCAAAGUUCUGCUUUCCUUUUGACGUGGAAAGGGUUUCCCAGAAUCAGGUGGGGCAGAACUUCACCUUUGUGCUGACGGACAUCGACAGCAAACAGAGGUUUGGUUUUUGUCGACUCACUCAAGGCUGCCGGGUCUGCAUAUGUCUGCUCAGCUAUCUACCAUGGUUUGAAAUCUACUACAAGCUGCUAAACACUCUGGCAGACUAUCUAACGAAACAACAGGAAAAUGACUUGAAUGACAUGCUGAAUUCUCUCUAUGAUCUGCCUGUGCCAAAGCCCUUCACGCCAGUCAACCUGAGUGUGAAUGAGCAGUUGUAUAUUGCCACUGGGCAAGUACUGAGAGAUCGGCGAAGCAAGGAGCCGCACUCCUACUUCAUCGCCCCGGAUAUCAAUGGACUGCCAACCAUCCCUGAGAGCAGGAACCUGACAGAGUACUUUGUGGCUGUGGACGUCAACAACAUGCUCCAGCUCUACGCCAGUAUGCUGCAUGAACGGCGCAUCAUCAUUACCUCAAGCAAGCUUAGCACUUUAACUGCAUGUGUCCACGGUGCGGCUGCUCUGCUCUUUCCGAUGUACUGGCAGCACAUCUUCAUCCCCGUUCUGCCCCCGCAUCUUCUGGACUACUGCUGUGCCCCCAUGCCAUACUUUGUGGGAGUUCAUCUCAGUCUGCUGGAGAGAGUACGCAGUCGAUCACUGGAGGAUGUGGUCAUUCUGAAUGUGGACACCAACACCCUGGAGAGUCCCUUUGAUGACCUGCACAACCUGCCCAGUGAUGUGGUGUCCUCUCUGAAAGGCAAGCUGAAGAAGCAGUCGACAGCAACAGGAAGUGGUGUGGCGAGGGCCUUCAUGAGAGCGCAGGCCGCUCUGUUUGGAUCCUACAGAGAUGCCCUCCGAUAUAAACCUGGGGAGCCAAUCACUUUCUGCGAGGAGAGCUUUGUGAACCAUCGAUCGAGCACCAUGAGGAACUUCCUGUCCAUGGCCGCCAACCUGCAGCUCUUCAAACAGUUCAUCGACGGACGGCUGGCCAAAUUGAACGCAGGCCGUGGCUUCUCCGACGUGUUUGAAGAGGAGAUCACAGAGGGGGGCUUCUGUGGAAGUAAUUCAAGGUCUUACCAGCAGUGGAUGCACACUGUAAAGAGAGGAGGAGCACUCAUCAACACAGCUGUGACUAAAGCCAAGAGUCAUGCCAAGAGGGGCAUCCGGGACAUUAAGGGCAGACUGAAAGCAAGGGAAGAAGAAGAAGAGGGGAUGAUGGUCUGCGCGGGGUCUCCCACCAGCACCAAGAGCCUGUCUCCAAGGAGACUGCAGAAGAUGAGACGGCAAAACUUCAACAAGUAUCCCCUGAGCAUGGGCCCUCGAGAUCUUGGCUACGGACUCGAUGAUGAUGAGCUGGACAGUGCAAGCAAGAUCUCCUCGGAGGACAGCGGGGACCCUUUGUACAUCGAGGACAGUGACGACUCAUACUCACUAGAACUCGACAUGGACUCGUCCCGCUCGGGCCAGAUGAACCUGCUGGAGGAAAUCCUGGACUCUCUGCACACCUCGACGGUGGAGCAGGGAAAACUCAGCGCCGCUAAGAGUCUGGACUUCUUUAGGUCCAUGGAUGAUUUGGACUACACGGUCCCGAAAAAGCCCACACCAUCCAGCGACUCUCACCCUGCAGAUGAGAGUGGCUGCGGCAGCGGCGGGGAUCAAGGCGGCUGGAAUAUGGGCCAGGACGACAGCGCGGUCCAUGGAAAACACCUUCCCCCGUCCCCACGCAGACAGCCCAACAAGAUGAGCCUGAAGAAACCCGCAACUGCUCCCGCGAUGCCCGUCAUCACAGCCACCCCCGCAGCCCAGGAGGCCGACAUCUCCAGCUCACAUCCUCAUCAGAUCAACUCUGACCCUCACCCUCUACCUCCAGGGCGACAACCAGGAGACCGCCUCUCCUACUCGCCCUCACUGUCCCAUAGAGUGACACCACCAUCUCCCAUUCUCUCUCACACUUACAGUUCUCCUGCGUCCGUCUCUCACCCAAACUAUUCUCCCGUACCAGCAGGCAGGUCUCGGACCAUAUCGGACCCCCAAGGCAACCCAGAGCCUCCUCAGGCCCAGAACAACACUGCCUCCACCAGCAUCCUGAGGAGGAAGGUGCUGUCCAAGGAGACCGUGAGGCACUACCAGGAGAAGGCCCUCCAGAGGCAGGGCAGCAAGGGCCACCAGGAGGGUCAGGAGAGCCCGCCGAGGCAAAGCCAGUCAGCUAUGCAGGUCCCGUGGGAAAAAGAGGUGUCCAAGGAGGGGCUCCUGGGGCUCGGCCUGUGCCUGGGUCAGGGUAAAGGCUCAGGGCCGGCUGUGGUGCAGGAUCAAGGCCUCCUGGAGGAGAUUGAGUCCAUGUGUUGCCUCAGCUCAGUCAUGCACACCAGCCUGCACCUCUCACAGGUUCACUGCAACAACAGUCACCACCAGGUCCAGAGCAAAGCCACAGACGAAUCGUAGGGACGUCAAAGACUCUGUAAAAAUGCCAUAGGUUCUACUGAAAUCUAUUCACUGUAACUCUUCUAUUACAACUAGCCACAGUCUCAGAGAACUGGACCUUUUUUUAGCUCAACACUCAGUUAUCAGGAAACAUUAUAAACAAAAAAUGAUGUCGUACGGCCAGACACAAAUAGGGAGGCACAGCCUCCAGAGCAGGAAGCAGCAAGAGAUGAAUGUUGCACGACACAACUCUCCACCAUUGGAGAUAUUUCUGUGUAAAAUAGAGCCCUAAAAACCUUUUAUGUUCUGAAAACAAGUGAAAAAAUCUGCCGGUUUAGUAAGAAUGUUUCAACCUGUUUCCCGUAUAUGUGAACUUGUUUCUUGAAAUGAACGUUUGAAUCUUGAAAAAAAAAAAACAAUUCUAAAAAAAGGCUUCUACUUCAUUGAGGAAAACACUUUGUUGUUUGGGUUUUUUAACGUUGGGUUGUAUAAGCUGCUUACUCAUAGUAUUAUCUACAGCAGAUGGCAGGGGGGCAGCAGCAGUAAAUUUCAGCCACCUAUAAAAAUCUAUAUGAGUUUAAGUGUAUUUCCACCACUUCACCGUGCCAUCACACAGCUCUGUUUAAGUUUACACGGGGUGACUGUUGCUGUAAUCUGUGCUCUCUUCAAAGCCACCAGACUCCAUUGACGAAAACAGUAAUUUUACCUCACAAAAACACAGGAGUUGCUGUACUGCUGUAGCCUCAAUCGGUUAGUUUGUGUUAUUGUGCGACUUUGGUCUUUUAAAGGGCAGCAGUAGAUCAGCAACUCCCAUGUUUUGCAAGGUAAAAUUACUGGUUUUGUCAAUGGAGUCUGGCAGCUUUGUACUGUUCUGUAAUAAUACACUGGCUGUGUAUAAGUACCUCAUACAACCCCAUUUCAAAAAUCUAAACUAGUCCUUCAAAAUAGUUUGAUUUACAACUGAAACAAGUUAAAAUAAUCUCACUGUAGUGGCAGAUUUUGGUACUUUUCCUCUGAAUUGGAUACGCUGAAAAACAACAUGGUAGUUUAUAAAGGUUUAAUUUCUUAAAACAAGUUGAUAAUCUUGUAAACUGAUGGAGCAACACUUUAAAAACACAAACUGUGGCCACAGUUUUAAGAUUAUGUUUGUUUUUGGAAUGCAGCAAGAUUUUUCACUUGUCUUAAGAAAAUACAACUUCAUAAACUAAAUUUAAAAGUUACAAAGGAGACUUGAUUAGGAUAUUGCAGUACGGGUAACGUGUAUUUCAUCUUGUAACAUUUUCACAUUGUCAUAUCAGAAAAAAGAACAAUGAAUUACAUUUUUGGGUAAAAUACAGGAAGCCAACCGGUAAUGGAGGAAUUUUCCAUCUUCACUAAAAGGAAUAAGAAAAAAAUGUCUGUUUUCGAGGAUAAAGAAGGGAGGAUAUCUCUUCAACGCAUCAAGAUGUCUUUUACUCACAGUGUUCCAAACAUUUCACGUAAUCAAGGUAAAUUUGCAUUUAAGAUUAACUAAUUGUACUCAGUCUUGACCACCUGGUACUAAAAUUAACUGAGCAAAAACAACAAAGUGAGAAAGGAUUUUCCAAAGUCCGCUCUGGCUUUUGAAACUAAUUAUACACUGUGUAAUAUUGUGUAAUAUGUUUUUUAUCACCAUGCCUUAAAUGGACAUGUGAUUUGUUUUUUAUGCUCUGGUGUCUUAAUCUACAGAUAUCAUACAGGUACUUUGUAAUCAGAAUCUCUGAUACUCUCAGAUCUUAAAUGCAACAGUUGGUAGUACUUAAACAGCACUGUAUUCCUCUGGAUUAAUAGAAUAGUUAAUAUAUAUGAUGUGCUUUAAACUGCUGUUUUUAAAUAGCAUUCCAGAUUAUGAGAUGUGCAUGUAGAAACCUCUCAGUCUCUUUUUCCUGUGUUCCUCAGGACACUUAUGUCAUUCUGAAGAGAAACAAAUAUAGUUCAAAGUUAAAGUGGACCAUUUGAAAGUGCUGGUAUAAAUACUCCUUUCCCUUUUUCUUUCUCCAUCAUCAUCACUCUUCUCCUCAUGUUUUCUCUCCUUAUUUUCUGUCUUGGAGUCCUUUCAGCACAUCUGAACCUCACUCUCGACCUUAAAAAAUGGUGGCCAGUUGUUGCAUCACUAAUAUAGUUUGGAGUGUUUGUGGAAAAUAUUUACUUUGUAGGAAAAGGCUGGUGAUAUUCUAUGUUUUCCAUAUUGUGAACAACUCACAUUGUGUAGCUGCCCUCAAGUUAUGGGUCCUGAGAGGCAAGUGAGAAAAUAAUUAUCUGAUGUGAUCUUAAUUUUUUUUUAAUGUCCUUUGUUUGAGUUAAAGGCGGGUUAAAAAGAAAGUUUUGGCUUCAGUUUUCCAGUUGCUUGUUGUUGUAAUAUUCAUUUUGGCCACAAGAGGCUGAGGUGCACCACUAUCCCCUUGCUCUAAAGUGAGCUUGUGUUUUAUUCCAUGGGAGUUUUAAUUUCUCCACACACAAUAUAACACACUAUAUGAACAUGCAUGAACAAAAACUCACCUGGAAAAAAACACAAUAAGUCCACUGUAGAGCAUGCGGUAGUUGUGCAUCUCAGCCUCUUGUGGACAAAGAAAUUCAUAGCCAAAACUUUUUUUCCUCUUGUUUUCAGAGAUGGAAACACUUGGCAUUUUUUUUUUUUUACCUCAAGAUUCAAGAUUAACUUUAAUGUUACACAAUGUAGAGAACAAUAUUCCACACAUAUAUUUUAUUCUUUAAAACUCUUGAUGUACGAAAAACAUAGGUAACUUAUUCAAAUUAAUAUUUUUUUCCACCUGCUCUUAAGUCAUAAACACAGGAGAGAAAACAGUUUGGAUCAGACUUGUGUUUUUUUUCUCACUUGCCUCUCAGGGCUUCCAUACAAAUCCCAUUCAUGAAGAAUGGGCCAUAAAUGUGCAGCUGAGGUUUUAAAAAAGACGAAUUGGAACUGUAGCUUUAAGCAAAUGUAAGUAUAUAGUGCAUUUGCUGGGGACAUAUUUCCUGUUUGAAGGACAAAUUAAUCUUCCUGUCUUUCCCAUUAUUUGUCAAUAUUAAGAGAAAUAUAAAAUAGCACCAGACUUUUUCACAUAACACAUUCCUUCUUUCUGUUUGUCUCCUCUUUGCUCACAGGAGGAAAUUCAAUCUGUGUCCUUCUCGGUUAGAGUCCCACACUGUGACGUAAAGCAGUGGUUGAUGAUUGUACUGUAAUGAAGCAAUACGGUUCUCCUCAGAGAGUAGCUACAUGGAUGUAAUGUGUACAGAGUCUAAAGUAUUUCUAAAACAGACUCUCCCAUGGAGAGAAACGCCACGUCCAGAGAUUGUGGGUUCCCAUCAUUUUCUGCGUCGCCACAAACUCGGAGAAAAGAAGAAAGCUUUUUCAUGUGCUUGUGUUUGGGAUUAUUACAUUUAUGGUUCGUUGUUCUUAUGAUUUAUGCCAGACGCCAGUCGGUGUGGCAGUUUAAUAGCAGCUAUUUCUCCGCUUUUUGAGUGCUGCUCUGCGUUAACGAUUUGCUCAUAAAGUCUUUGGCGUGCGUCUAAAAGCCCAGGAAUCAGUCCUAGUAAUUCCAAAAAGGAGGGAGGGAAAAAAACAGACUCCAGAACAAUCUCUGCACUGGCCUUAUUCAAUAUAAACACUUUAAAACACUUAUUUACUAUGCAAAUAUUUAAAAUGAUCAAAAAGAGGUCAGUUUUAUUUAACAUUAAUUUACUAUAAUGCACGAUUCUACUUGAAAAAUAAUCACAAUCAGUCUAGUUUCUAGGUGGAGUGAGCCUCAUGUGUCCCUCCAUAAGUAUAUAAAUAAGAAAGUCUAUUUAACUGUGUGUCUGUGACAGAAUGGUGUGCCUUAUACAAGAGUCCCACCCAGUGUAAUCAGAGGAAGGUACAGUAUUAUAGAAAGGAGGUUUAUGCAAUGUUUUCAGACCACCUUAAAUCACAGUGAGGAACAUUGAGCAUUAUAUUUAUAUGAUCAAAAGACCUGAAAUGAACUUGGGUUCUAGCAUUGUUUUUAUAGCUGUUUUUGUUUUUUAGUUUCGGCUGCAGUCCAGCUGGAGUCACUCAGUGUGUUUUGUUUUUUUUUCUUUGCUGCAGCCGACGGUGGGAAUCUUCCUGCCUCUAUUUAAUAGAAGAUCUCUGGGUUUUACUUUUUUGUAAAUUAGCUUCUUUCUUUGAUCAUACUUCUCGUGAUUUCUUGUAUAGUUAGUGUUCCUUUUGUUUCCUCUUCAAAAAAAACACAGACACACUCACUCUGAGCUAACUGCAUUUAAAGACGUUCCUCAGAGGAGUUUUUUUUUUUUCUCUAGUUGAUUUCAAAUGGAUGACAAAAUUAUUUUCAACUGAAUAGACGUGUAUUUUUGCUGGCUUGAGUUUAUUUUACAUGGAUAAUAUAUAUGAUUGCUGUUGUAUGUUAUAAAAAAAGAAAAGAAAAAGAAAAAAAGACACCUAAUAUUUGAAUGUUUUAGAUUUUAUUUUUGGAAGAAAAAAAAUGAUAGAGAGAAUAUUAACAAAAGUCCCAUGUAGCCAUUAAUGUUCAGAAGCAUUUGACACCUUCUCAUCAGAAUAAGCAGAGUGGCGCUUGCUUGUACAUGGUACAAUGCUCAUUGUUGUAUCUGCAUGUAUGUACCUGUCGGUGUUGUAUGCUAUGAUUUUUAUUUGUUUUUGUUUAGUUUAAUUCUGUUGGUAUUAAUGAAUUAUUAUUUCAGUAUUCCGUGCUUCCAUCGAAUUGAAAAUUAUGGAAAUACUCUCAUUCUGCCUUUCAUUGGGAAUUGUAGAGUUAUAAGUCAUCUGCCUUGUAUUUUAUGGAGAAGUAAACAUUUCUACUUUGGUUACUGGCUGCUGUAAAUCUAACCAUUGAGGUUUGUGGGAGGAAAUACUUUGUUAUUUAGUAACAAAGAAAUUAUGAUUUGCAUUUCAAUGUCUGCAGGCUUGUGAUUACUAAAUAGAGUGUAGAGUAAUCAAUAAAAAUGAAGUAUAAUUGUCCUGAAAUUACAAAUUUGGAGUGGGAGGUGACAGAUUAUGUAGCAGCGCUUACUGGGGUACUAUGAGACGACUCAACUUUACACUUCCCCUUAACCACGCAUUUAAAAACAUAUUUCAGUGUUGUGACAACUUUGGACGAGUUACAGUAAGUUUUUUUGGGGGUAUUGUGAUGGUGAUCAACUCAUUUUCUGAUUCUGUGCACACUUGCAUGUUCUCAUUGCAGAGAAAACAACUGUAUUAAACAACUGAGGUCAAUCUAAUGUGCUAUUGAUGAGUAACUUGGUACAACUGCACACAAUGUAUGCACUGUGAACUAAAAAUAAAUUAUACUGUUUCAUGCUUAUGCA